AUGCAUCCAUUUGGAAAAGAGGAAGCUGCCUCAGUAGAACAGCUCUUUGAAUUUUUUUGUGAGUGCCUGAAACGUGGAGAAUGGGAACUGGCACAAGCAUGUGUUCCUCAGCUCCACAGAGGACAAGGGGAUAUACCCAAGAAGGUGGAAAAGAUCCUUCAGGCUCUGGUGGCUUGUCCAGGCUUGAUGAGAUGUGGGCAACAUGACAGUCCCCAAAGGUUGGCCUGGAUCUGGCUUCUGAUGCUGGAAAAAUGGCUAGAAUGGGACAAGAAAUUUCCCCCAUCUACUCUGCGGAGGAGGACAGAGUUUCUUUUGCUAUCAGAAGAUCUACAAAACAAUGUUCCAGAAGAUAUCCUUAAGGAGCUAUAUGAGGUCAUACCACAAGAUGAUGUAGGACCUUUGACUGACAGCAUUACGAAGGGAGAGAAUUGGGCACCUCAGCUCAGCACAAAAGCUGUUUCUACCCUCUGGGACCUCCUGUGGCAGGCACCCCUUCAGGCACAGGCUCUACUAGAUCUUUUGCUUGGAGAAGACAAUGGCAUAGGAGCCUGUGGCUGGCCUUUGCAGAAACUAUUGGUUGACUUUAUCCAGAGAGCGCUGAAGUCUCUUAAGGGGUCCUGCCCUUUCCCCUCUGGGGUAUCCGAUGCCAUCUAUGGGACUCUGUGUAUACUACGCUCUCCUGUGGAACCACUUGGGGUUGAGUGGCAUCUUCUGUGCGAGGAGCUACUUAGAGCCUGUGAAACUGAGGGUGGUCCCCUGCAGGAGGAGCAACUCUUGGGCUGCCUGAUAAGGAAAGCUAGCCAGAGCCUGAUUGCCUUAUAUGGCAAUAUCUAUGCAGAACAGGUGAAGGAAAAGCUUUUGGGCUCUAAAACCUUUGGAAAAGUUCCAUCUGAUCCUCCAGAUCCUGAGAAAGCAAUGCUGACUCUGUUCUCCAAUCCUAAUAUAACCCGGUCCUGGAAGAUGGCCUAUUUUUACUGCUUGAGCAGCAACAAACACUUCCUGGAGCAGAUCCUGACAACAGCACUAGCACUGUUGAAGGAAGAAGACUUUUCAGGCCUGAGCUGCUUGCUGGAUAAAGAAUUCAGGCCUCUCAGUCAACUAGUCGUGCUUCUGGGAUGGACUCAUUGUCAAAGCCUGGAGGCAGCCAAGUUGCUGCUCCAGACCCUCCAUAGGACACAGAAUCAAGAGUGUGAUAAGCUCCUCAGAGAUGCCUGUGAUGGUUUGUCAGCACAUGUAGAGGUCCUAGAGUGGUGUCUACAGCAAAGCAGCCUUCUUGUAUCAGAGAGAGAGAUCCUGCAUCACUUGCAUAGUGGAGACAACCAUUCAGUGCUCUAUUCCCUUUAUCACCUCACAAACCUUCCUGCUCUUCGGGAAGAAGAUGUUCUUGAGCUACUGCAAAACAUGCUCGUCAAAGAACCACGGCAGGAUCACUCUGAUGCCUCAGUCCCGAACCAUCUGAAUCAAUGUCAGAACCUGACACUCUUCCAGGGGUUCUGUGCCAUGAAGUAUGCCAUCUAUGCCCUCUGUGUGAAUUCUCACCAGCGCUCUCAGUGCCAGGUCUGCAAGGAAGGACUUUCUGAGAACCUGACCACCAACCAGGAGCCAACAAAGGACUCUCCUUCCCCAGGUGCCUCAAAUCUCUUUUCAACCUACCUGGCCAAGUGUCAACAUUACCUACGCAGUAUUCCCAAUUCCCUGCGGCUAGAACUUCUGGAAAAUAUUUUCUCUUUGCUCUUCAUCACCUCUAGUGACCUUCACUCAGACCCUACCCUGCCUGAGGAUUAUGCUGAUGAUGAUGACCUCGAUGGAAAAAGUCCCCCAGAUCUAGUAUGGUCUCCCUCUGAAAAUCCCCGGAUUAUCCCCCAGCCUGAGAGGAAGUCAGAAGGGGCUGCCCUUGAGGUGCUCAGAGGUCUUCCUCACCCUUUCCCAAGCUGUCUGAUUGCUGAGGCAAGAGGCAGGAGCCCAGAACAAGGCUUUCUGGACCUGAAACACUUUACUAGCAGUAGCAAUGGGUUUCUAGCUGAUGAACUAGCAAUGGAGGCUUUUCUCAAGCUUCUCCAAGAGCAAUUGGAGGAAAUUAGCACUUACAAGCCCUCUGAGAACCUGAAACUGGUAGAAAGCCAGUGCCUCUCAGGAAGCAGAGAUAGCUUACAGAGUCGACUACACCAAUUCUCCAAAAUUCUCUCUGAGGCACAGUGGAGAUAUAAGGUGGUAAUCAGCAACCAGAACACAGAGGAGCAGCUCACAGCCUCCCAGAAAUGCCAUACCCUGGCCACACGCCACUCCAGUCUACGCUGGGCUCACCGGGCAAGAAGGAAUAAGUCAGAUGGCCGGGACAGAUCCUCCAACCUGUCGCUGGAAAGUACAAGUAGUGAACUAAGCACGAGCACCUCAGAGGGAAGUCUGAGUACUAUGUCUGGGCGCAGUGAAGUGGAGGUCCAACUACCACCCCAACCACAAAACCCACUUAUCCCCAUGAUGCUGUCUCAGCCUGAGUCACUUCUUGCAUCUUGUAUUCUCCGAGGGAACUUUGUGGAAGCGCAUCAGGUGGUGUUUAUGUUUGACCUGAAGUCCUCUCCCAGCUGUGGUGAGCUCAUGUUUAUGGAGCGCUACCAAGAAGUGAUCCAAGAAUUGGCCCAAGUAGAGAACAAGAUUGAAAACACGAUCUCAGAGGGGGGCAGUACCACUGUCCGACGGACUGGCAGUGGUCGCUCGACUCUGCAGGCCAUUGGCAAUGCUGCUGCAGCAGGUAUGGUAUUUUACUCUAUCUCUGAUGUGACUGACAAACUGCUUAGCAUCUCUGUAGACCCCAUCCCAAUCCUCCAGGAGGACUUCUGGAUAAGCAGCAAGCAUAUGGAACCCACUGCUCCCUUGAAGGACAUUCUGGAAGACCUCAGCCCCCCAGCUAUGGCUGCAUUUGACCUAGCCUGCACCCAAUGCCAACUAUGGAAAACUUGCAAGCAACUUCUGGAAACAGCUGAACGACGUCUGCAUAGCAGCCUCGAGAGUCGAGGUCGAAAACUUGACUAUGUUCUUCUGAAUUCUGAUGGCAUUAGAGGCUUUCCAGUUGUUAUUCAGCAAAUUGGCAAACUUCUCAACUACCCUUUUGUGCCAACAGGGCAAGCUAAAUCUGACAGUACAGAAGAGAAAGCAAGCAGUCACCCUCGGUACAGUGUUACAGAGCUCCUUCAGAUGUGCCUCCCAAGCCUGACAGAGGACUGUGCGUCGAACCAAGCCAUGAUUUGCCAACAGCGAGAGCAGAUUCUUCAGACACUUAUGCAGGCACUGCAGCUGCCAGAACCUAAAGGCAACCCACUAUCUUCCUUGGUGGCACAGAAAUCUCAGAAACUGCCUGAAACAGGAGCCCACCCUGUGCAGAACCAGACAAAUCGUCUCAUGAAGAACUUAAGCAGCCAGAUCCCAGUAGACAGAAAGCAAACUGACUAUGUAGAUGCCUUCUUCAACUAUUCAAAUACCAUGGCUUCUGUGCUCCUUCGAAGCCUGAGUUCUGAGCCUGAUCACAUAGUGAAGGUGAAAGUGGGGAACCCUUUCGUCAUUCUGCAACAGAGCCCUUCCCAACUGAUAUCUCACCUCCUCCUUGAAAGGCAGAUUCCCCCUGACAGGCUAGCAUCCAUUCUGGCCCAAGAGGAGCUCAGCCUGAGUGUGCCACAAAUUAUCAUCAGCUGCUGCUGCCAGCCCCUUACUCUUUGCCUUCCUCGACAGAGCCAACAGAUUUGGUCCCUUCUGACCCAUUUGGGUGUAUUGGCACAGCUGCAUACCUCCCGUUACCUGACUGACAUUCCACUUCCUAGUCUUACUCCAUCAGAACCAAAAGAGAAAUCUAUAUUGGAUCCCUCUUCUCCCUCAUCGGGUGAUUCACCACUCCCUGCCCUCACACCUUCUGCCUUAGCUUUCCUCAAAUCCCACUCAAAACUACUGACAGCUCUGGCCUGCCUUGGGGUUACCCUGGGGUCACAAGUCCCCAAGCCCAGUCUGUCAUGGAAGGAACUGUGUGGACGGAGAGAGGCACCUCUGGCUCCAGAACAGGUAGCCCGAGAAUGUGAGAACCUCCUGGAGCAGGUCCCUAUGUUGGAAAACUUCCUCAUGACUGCCUGGGAGCCUCUCCGGGGUACCUGUGAGGAGGAACAGAGUUUGGCAGGGGGCUUGUGUGGCCAGACUUGUGUCUCUACUGUUCUCCUGGGCUUACACUCUCCUGUUGCCGUGGAUGUGCUGACAAAGGCCUUUGAGGAAGCGUUAGUAACCAGAAAUUGGGCCCGGGCCCUUCAGCUCAUGGACUUGUAUGGACAAGACAUGGAGGAACUGAGCAACAUAAAGGAUGUUGUUCUGAGCUGUGCCACUGUGAAUGAUAAGGAUGGCUGGCAGUACUUGUUUUCUGUAAAGGAUGCAAUUCUCAGAAGCCAAAUGGCCCUUAGAUUUGUGGAGAGGUGGCCUCUAGAGCCUUGCCUAGAACUUUUGUCCUUCUGCAUUUCGGAACCAGCUGUCCCAGAAGGAUUAAUAUCAGAGUUACGUGCAAGGCUGAAGGAGCUCCAAGUUUACCAGAAGAUUCUGGAUUUGCAGUCCACUCCAAUGUGGUCUGGCUGGCAGACACUGAAGAAGUGUUGUUCUGAGAAUCCAUCAGUAGUCAUGGACCUGAUUCUGGAAGCAAAGGAAUAUGAGCUGUGUGAGGAAUGGGGCUGCCUCUAUCCUAUUCCAAGAGAACACUUAAUCAGCUUGAACCAAAAACAUCUCCUCUUCCUUCUAGAGAGCGGAGAUCAUGAAAAAGCCCUCCAGCUGCUUCAGAGAAUCUCUGACCCUUCUAUGCGUCUUGAUGUCACAGAGUGUUCCCUUGACCAGCAUCCCAGUCUGGCCACUUCUCACUUCUUAGCCAACUACCUCACCACUCAUUUCUACAGGGAACUGACAGCUGCUCGACACUUUGAGAUCCAGGCUCUAUACAUGGGGUCCAAGGUUCUGCUGACUUUGCCUGAGCCACACCGGGCCAGCUACACCCACCUGUCUUCUAGCCCCUUGCUCAUGCUGGAGCAGCUGCUGAUGAACAUGAAAGUGGACUGGGCCACCCUGGCUGUGCAAACCCUACACCACCUUUUGGCUGGGCAAGAAAUAGGCUUCACUGUGGAGGAUAUUGACUCACUGCUUUCCAAAUAUGCAGGGAAAGCACUUGACUUUCCAUAUUCAUUGAAAGAAAAGCGAUCAGAUUCUGUAAUUCACCUCCAAGACAGUCUUAAUCAAGUUUCAGAACCUGAGACCUUGUCUCGAUCAACAUCAAUUGAGUUCUCCACUGCUACUUUUUCUGGAGUCUCCAUUGUACAGUCUCCAAACUUAAAGAAGAGAAGCUUCUCACAGAGUGAUCCCUUGGAAUUUGUACCCCCAGAAAAACCCCCAGAUAGGCAGCAGUGGGUACCAGAUGAGAUGGAAAACACCUGUAUGGUAUGCAGAAGUGAACAUUUCACCAUGUUUAACCGCCGUCAUCACUGCCGUCGUUGUGGCAGGCUGGUGUGUGGCUCUUGCUCUACCAAGAAGAUGGUUGUGGAUGGCAGCAGAGAGAACCCAACUCGUGUGUGUGACCAAUGCUACAGCCACUCCAACAAACAUUUGCCAGAAGAGAGUAUAGGACAUUCAGAAGCCUCAGACAGCCCUUCAAGUGAGAGCCCCCUAUACUUGGCUGUGGUACGAGUCCCCAAAGCAAAUCAGCUGGAGUGGACUCUAGAUCUGAAUGAGGAAGAAAAUAAUCUGGUGCGGAGCGAGUUUUACUAUGAACAGGCCCCCAGUGCCUCCUUGUGCAUUGCCAUCCUGAAUUUGCACCGUGAUAGCGUUGCCUGCGGCCAUCAGUUGAUUGACCACUGCUGCCGCCUAUCCUGGGGUCUGACCAACCCUGAGGUGGAUGCUGGGCUGCUCACAGAUAUCAUGAAGCAGCUGCUCUUCAGUGCCAAGAUGAUGUUUGUCAAAGCUGGACGGAGUCAAGACUUAGCAUUAUGUGACAGCUACAUCAGCAAGGUGGAUGUACUGAAUAUUUUAGUUGCUGCUGCCUAUCAACAUGUACCAUCUCUGGAUCAGAUCCUACAGCCAGCUGCAGUAACAAGACUAAGGAACCAACUUUUGGAAGCUGAAUACUAUCAGCUGGGUGUUGAGGUCUCCACAAAAACUGGACUGGAUCCCACUGGUGCGUGGCAUGCCUGGGGUAUGGCCUGCCUCAAAGCUGGGAACCUGAUAGCAGCACGUGAGAAGUUCAGUCGAUGUCUCAAGCCACCUCUUGACCUCAAUCAGCUAACCCAAGGCUCAAGGCUGAUCCAGGAUGUAAUUGAGUACUUGGAGUCCACAGCAAAACCUAUCCUGUCAGUGCAGGAUGAUGAUUAUUUUGCCACUCUGAAGGAGCUGGAAGCCACUCUUCGAACUAAGAGCCUCUCUCUAGAAGUCAUUCCAGAUGGUAAAUCCAUGCACAACACCUACUAUCAGGAGUGCCUCUUCUAUUUACAUCACUAUGGCACCAACCUAGCCAUCAUCAGCUUCUACAUGAGGCACAAUUGCAUGAGAGAAGCCCUGGAACACCUGCAGAAGAAGGAGAGUCCCCCAGAAGUCUUUAUUGAAGGCAUCUUCCAACCAAGCUACACAAGUGGGAAGCUACACAUUUUGGAAAACUUGCUAGAAGACAUUGAUUCAACUUUGGAGAGCUGGGGAAAGUACUUGAUUGCUGCCUGCCAGCACUUACAGAAGAAAAACUACUACCACCUUCUCUAUGAGCUGCAGCAGUUCAUGAAGGACCAAGUCCGUGCUGCCAUGACCUGCAUCCGAUUCUUUUGUCACAAGGCAAAGACCUAUGCAGAACUGGGAGAAAAACUUACAUGGCUGCUUAAGGCUAAGGAUCAUCUCAAGAUCUAUCUACAGGAGUUAUCCCGGAGAACAGGAAAGAAGAAACUCACUUUUUUCCGGAAAAAGAUGAAUGCAGCAGAUGUGUCAAGGCACAUGAAUACAGUUGGCCUGCAGCUGGAAGUUACCAGGUUUCUACAUCGGUGUGAAAGCGCUGGGACUUCCCAGAUUACAGCCCUGCCCCUACCAACCCUGUUUGGAAACAAUCACAUGAAAAUGGAUGUUGCUUGUAAAGUAAUGCUAGGAGGGAAGAAUGUGGAAGAUGGCUUUGGGAUAGCAUUUCGUGUCCUACAGGACUUCAAACUAGAUGCACCUGCCACUUAUUGUAAAGCUGCCCAGCAACUAGUGAAAAGAGAGAAAUACAGUGAGAUACGCCAACUACUCAAGUGUGUGAAUGAAUCUGGAGUGGCAGCCAAAAGUGAUGGUGAUACUAUCCUCCUUAGUUGCCUAGAGAAAUUUGGGAGCAUUCCAUCCCAGGAAUUGGAUGGCCUAAUCCAAGCAAUACACAGUGAUGACAACAAGGUUCUGGCCUAUCUGAUGUGCAGCAAGCUGCGUUCUGCCUACCUAAUAGCUGUGAAGCAGGAGCUGUCCCGGGCCACAGAUCUUGUCCAGCAGGUGCAGCAGGCAGCCCAGAGCAGUGGAGAUGAAGUGGUCCAGGACAUUUGCGCCCAGUGGCUUCUCACCUCCCGCACCAGGUGUCCCCUUGGCUCCAGUUCUAGAAAGUGACCGCUGAGGAGGACAACCCCAAGAAACUCUACAGUGAGGAACAGCAGUCAUGCUUGUCCAUCUUGCAGAGCAAGAUUCUUACAUGGCUCUGUCCCCAGGUUUAACUGAGCGGAGUUGAAAGCCCGCUCCCCUCUUCACACAAGUGCCAUGUGUCUGUGGGUGUGAGUGGGUGUGUCCUGGUGGCCACUUCUUUCUACCUCACAUUGUAAGAGUGUGUAUUUGUGUGUGUGUGCGUGUGUGUGUGUGCGUGUGCACACUUGGAGAGGCCACGCUUUUUCGAACAAACAACUCUCUUCCAUUGAGAAGAGGCACUUUAGUUUUGCCUUUUUGCCAAUCUUGGAACUCUCCUUGUGUGCUUUGGUUCUUAACCCAGUACGUUCUGUUUGUACACAGUCCCCUGGGUACAGAAAUGUUUUUGUGUUGUCUCAGCUGGAAUGAUUUUACACAGAAUUACAAAGCUCUGCAAGAAAGUUUACUCUCCUUCCCCUCCAAUCCUUCUGUGAGAUUCAUAGACUUUAUUUUGAAGAUCAUGUUUAUGGCCAAAUAAAAUUGAUUUUUUUCAUAGGAUGCUCUCUUCUCAUGAGCACAAGUUGUUGACAUGAGGCUUUGGUUAUUGAUGGAGUGGGAAACGUUCUCAUGGUCCUUGGUUCGAGAAUUGAGGCAAUAAAUGUCAGUAUCCAGACAUGCCACACAUCUGCCUGACAGUCUGUGAUGUAGGCAGGAAAUAUAUAUAUCACUUUUAGGCCUGCAUACUGGACAGGAAACAGACCCUUUUGAGUAGAUGUCAUGUUGAGUGUGAAAGCACAGUUCUGCCUUUCACCAAUCAGGGAUUACCAAUUCUGAGGGAAGAAGGAAUUUACAGGUCUUUGGGACCUAUAAUUAGAACAUCUUGACAGCAAAGAUGAUUAGUUACAGGAACACUGCCCUCCCCCUUAGGAUAGAAAAAGAAAAACAGUGGCCUACGAUUGGACAUCCACUUUGAUCAGAUAGAGCAGCAUUUCACUUCUGGGUGUCAGAGAAUGCUGUUUUGCACCUUAAGUUGGGGGUUGGAGAGAAAUGUGGUCUGGUGUCUCCCUUUUACCUCCUGUUUCCUGGCAUCUCUUUAAAGCCAAGAUAUGGGAUACUCUGGCCAUUUGUGAGGUUACCUGUUUCUUCCUCAUAUUGUAACACAGAAAAUAGUCAAGGACAUGAGGACAAAAGAACUUAUUUCUUCUUGAGCCUAUGAGGAAAAAGUCAGAAGGAGAAGGAAUUUUUUUAAAGAUAGGGAAAAGUCACUCAGUACAAAACUAAUGCUGCUUUUUUUUUCUUCCUUUUUUAAAAUGUUUUCCCUAAGACUAAAAAAAAAUAGAUUCCAACUAAGAACGUGGCUCCACUAAACAGAGCCCAAGAUACUUACUGACUUGGAUCUAAAAAUGGCCCAUCCGUUAAGACCAUCCAUCUUUCUCCAGCUCCUAGAGAGGAUUCUCGCCAAUCAGAACUUAAUCUGGUCAUCUCAUUUGAUGCAGAGCUGAUUGCAGGGAAUGCUUUACCCUCAGGAUGUAGUACAUAAAGGGUCUAUGUGUUUUCCUUCUGAGUUACCUUUUAGAAGUAAAAUAACAUCUGCCUUAGCUGUCUUUCAGAUGAAUUGCUUCUGUCUAGUUAGAGGUCCCAAGGAAAUACUGUACCCUCUUUGGGUAAGGCUUAAAGAGUAUAAGUGAUUUUUCCUCCCCUUUGUCAAAGAAUGAGCUCUUUCCAUGGGACCAGUGGCACAUCCCUCUGGAGAUAUUUCUGUCCCCUUCUAACUCUUCCCUCUUUGCACUGAACCAUAUGCACUUUACACUAAUGGGUUACAGAUUUUACAGCCCAAUUCUGGGUUUUAAACUCACACUGUUGUUCUCAUGACUAAUUAAACCAGACAGUGGGUGGCCCAGUAUGCAACAGAGCUAAUGAUUUUGGAGUAUGAUGCUGGGAUCACCAAUGAGAAAGUACAUUUUCAUGUUGUGUUUUUAAAAAUUAAUCACAAUAAAAUGUUGGCCCUUUACA